GAGCUACCCAGGCCCCCUGCCUUGCUGAUCAUGCCGCGGAGCCCCAUGUCCAGCGAGGAGGAAAUGGCUCAGAGUUUUUCUGACUCAGCCAGCUCGGAAUCAGACAGUUCCAGAGAUGAGCCUUCCAGGCUGGAUCGACCUACCAGUGGCCGAUUGGACAACAGCCUGAGAGACACAAUGCUAAUCUGUGUAGUCAUCCCUGACCUGCAGCAGUCUAAAUCCAUGAGGUUCAGUCCUGAUGCCACAGUAUGGGUUGCUAAGCAGCAGAUCCUGUGUACACUCACACAGAGCCUAAGAGAUGUGCUCAACUAUGGGCUCUUCCAGCCAGCGGUGGAUGGGAGGGAAAGUGGUUUCCUAGAGGAGGAACGACCAUUAAAAGACUACCCCCUGCCCACCAACAAGAGCAUUCCUACUCUGGAGUUUCGUUAUAAGAGCAGAGUGUACCAGCAGCCAAACGUCAACGAGAAACAGAUUGAAAAGCUCCACACGCAGGCCAACCUGAGGAAAUUUAUGGAAUACAUCCAGCACCAUCAGGUGGACAAAGUCGCCAAGAUGUUGGAGAGAGGGUUGGAUCCUAACUAUCAUGAUCCUGAAACUGGUGAGACACCACUAACCCUUGCGGCCCACCUGGACAAUAUGGUCGAAACUAUAAUGGCAUUGAAAAAUGGUGGAGCUCAUUUAGAUUUUCGCUCUCGUGAUGGAAUGACUGCACUCCAUAAAGCAGCCAGGGCAAAGAAUGAGAUAGCUCUUAAGACUAUGUUAGAUUUAGGUGCAUCUCCAGACUAUAAGGACCGACAGGGUUUGACUCCACUCUACCAUACAGUUACUGUAGGGGGAGACCCCAGCUGCUGCGAGGUACUACUGUGUGCCCACGCCAGUGUCGGAAGCCAUGAUGAGAACGGCUGGCAUGAAAUCCACCAGGCUUGUCGAUAUGGCCAUGUCCAACACCUGGAGCAUCUUUUGUUCUAUGGAGCGGACAUGAGUGUCCAAAACGCAUCUGGGAAUACGGCUCUCCAUAUCUGUGCCCUGUACAAACAGGAAAAGUGUGCCAGGGUUCUUCUGGUUCGGGGAGCCAGCAAAGACGUCAAGAACUACCGAGGACAAACACCCUUUCAGGUGGCCAUAAUUGCUGGAAAUUUUGAGCUUGCGGAAUUCAUAAAGAAUCACAAAGACGCUGAUAUUGUGCCUUUCUGGGAGGCACCGGCAGGCACAGGUCGGAGCAGGCCGCUGCAGCAAACACCAGUGCAGCACCCGGGAAGGAGCACUCUAGCCGCCCCACGUGUGCUGCUCCGCUCCAACAGUGACAACAACCUGAACAUCAACAAACUCCCGCCAGACCGCUCUUGUUCGCCCUCGCCUGCCACCUCCCCCCUCCGCAGCUUCUUGCCUCGCCACCCCCAGCAGAUGCAGAACAGCCCCAAUGGCACGGUGAAGACCAUGGCCCGGGGGGGACGCUCCCCCCGAAGCCGUUCCCCUUCCCUGGGCCGGCUGGGGGAGGGAGACACCCGGAGACAGACCCCUCAGCGUCACAGCAGUCCCUGUCCCAAUAGGGACACCUUCUCCGCUAUGGACAUCCCAGGAUUCAAACGCAAGCUGUACAGUGCUGUGCCAGGAAGACACUAUAUGGUGAUCAAAUCUUACCAACCACAAGCAGAGGGAGAAAUCGCUUUGUACAAGAAUGACAGGGUCAAAGUUCUCAGUAUUGGAGAAGGAGGAUUCUGGGAAGGCAGUGCUCGAGGGAAUGUAGGCUGGUUCCCAGCAGAAUGUGUGGAAGAGAUCCCAAGCAAACCCAAUGAGGACAGGCCCUAUGCCCGGGCGGACCGAUCAGAGAGACGCAAGCUCUUUCGACAUUACACUGUGGGAUCUUAUGACAGUUUUGAUGCAUCAAGUCUGAUGAUAGGCUGUAAUAACGGUCGUUAUUCGCGGAAUUUUCUCCACAGCGACUGCGUUAUCAACGAAAAGACGGUCGUGCUGCAGAAGAAGGAUAACGAGGGAUUCGGUUUCGUGCUGCGAGGGGCGAAAGCUGACACCCCCAUUGAGGAGUUUACCCCGACCCCAGCCUUUCCGGCUUUGCAGUAUCUGGAGUCCGUGGAUGAAGGAGGGGUGGCAUGGAAAGCUGGUUUGAGAACUGGAGACUUCCUCAUCGAGGUGAACCAAGACAAUGUUGUCAAAGUUGGCCACAAGCAAGUAGUCAACAUGAUUCGUCAUGGUGGCAACAACUUAAUCAUCAAAGUCGUGACGGUCAGUCGAAAUCUGGAUCCUGAUGACACAGCUCGAAAGAAAGCACCACCACCUCCAAGGAGGGCUCCAUCUACAGCCCUGUCCAUGCGUUCAAAAUCUAUGACCUCAGAGCUAGAAGACCUAGUGGAUAAAGCCACUUUGAGGAAAAAGAAGGAUAAAGUGGACGAGGUUGUGCCGCCUCAGAAACCCAUGUGGGACAACUCAAACGCAGAUGUGAGGGUGGCAGCAAUCAAACCACGCCCGACUAGCAAAUGUUUCGCUGUCAACCCUGAAAUGAAUUCUCUCUGCAAUAGUCAGGAUACAGCUGUAGACUCGCUACCACAGCCAGUGAGUCCUAGAACCCCCUACCUGGGUGUACCAAAGGGAACCAUACGAAGACAAACGUCUAUAGGUGUAACCGAAGAAGAGAAGCAGUUCCUCACUCCUCCAAUGUUGAAAUUUACAAGAAGUCUUUCAAUGCCCGACACAUCGGAAGAUAUUCCACCCCCUCCAGCCAUAUCCCCUCCAUCUCCACCUCAAAAUAAUGCUCUCGUCCAAGCUGGUCGAGGAUAUGGCACUAUCAGACCAGGUUUUAGCUCCCAGAGUCCAAAUGCAAACAGCACAGCCCCAGACAAAGGUGAAGGUCCCGGGUGGAGAGAUCAGGGCAUGUAUUAUCGAGACAGCCCUGAGAAAUAUGAUUCAGAGGGAUACAAUCACAGCCCAACAGCCCAGCAGAGUCUUCAUAAGCGCCGUGCCCAGAUCCCUGAGAAUCCUUACUCAGAUGUGGGUAAGAUGGGACAAGCUGGACUUUUUGUUCCUAACAAACCUGCCAGAAGAAAGGGCAUGCUUGUGAAGCAGUCCAACGUGGAGGACAGUCCUGAGAAAACUUGCUCCAUACCUAUUCCUACUAUUAUAAUCAAAGAGCCCUCCACCAGCAGCAGUGGCAAGAGCAGCCAGGGAAGCAGUAUGGAAAUUGAAACGACCACACCAGACCACCCAGGGCAGCUACGUCCUGAAGAUGGCUUCAAUCCAGCCAGUCCCUUUGCAGCUGCGAUCGCCGGUGCAGUCAGAGACAGGGAGAAGAGGCUUGAUGCUCAUCGAAACUCCCCAUCUUUUAAGUCUACAGAUGCAGGUGACGAGGAUGUUGCACCAACACCAGCCCCACGUCUCCGACACUCAAAGUCUAUCGAUGAAGGCAUGUUUAGUAGUGAUGAGCGGUUGCGUAGGCUCAUGGCACCUCCCUCAUCACUGCUUAGCAUUCCUAGAGGUGGUGGCAAUGUGACAGACUUCAACAGCCCUGAGCCCACCAUGGUACGGGAACUGUUGAAUACACGUACAGGACACAGCCCAGUAAGCUUGCCUGCUCAUAAGUCCUACAGCUCAGGGGGCGGGAAUUAUGUUCAUCCGGUUACAGGCAAACCGUUAGACCCCAAUUCACCAUUAGCUUUAGCAUUAGCGGCCCGCGACAGAGCCAUGAGGGAGCAAUCACAACCUCUUCCACUAAAGAGUGACCUAUCCAAACUUGAUCUUAAUAAACCGCUUUUCAUCGACACUAAGCUUCGAUCAAAUGUGGAGGUUGGUUUUUCGAGUACUGCCACCAUGGGUCGUCCCCGCGGAGGCCUGCGCCGACAGAUGACGGAGUCCAAAUAUGAGACCGAAUCCAAGUAUCAGCUCGAUCUGGGCAAGCCCGAGAAGAGGCCAGAGGAGAAGAAGAACAUGCUCAUUGACAUCGUGGACACCUCGCAGCAGAAGUCAGCUGGUCUGCUGAUGGUACACACCACAGAUGGGGCAAAAUCGGAGGAUAACAGCUUGUCAGAGGGUGACAGGGACGAUGCAGUUAGUCCCGACAACACUCCAGGGGAGCUUCGCGACCCCAACCAGCCAGCUCCCACUAAACCCCCGGCUCCCAAACAGCUAUCAGCUGCUCCUCACGGCAAAACCAUCAUAACUGUUAGCUCCGUGGAUGAGCCUGUCAAGCUGCCCUUCGGCUUCCCUCCACCGCCCUUGGCCUCUGUCGACAUUGAUGAAGAGUUUGUGUUCGCUGAACCUUUGCCGCCCCCACUGGAGUUUGCCAACAGUUUUGACAUUCCUGAGGACCAAGCGGGAAGUAUAGCUGAGCUGCUGAAACAGAAAACAAAUGGCACGAAAGGGCCUUCUCUUACUCCGUACUACCCAGCUUUAGGUGGCGGAAAUUCCGAAAUCAAAAGACCAACGGUUCUCACAAACUGCACACCUCCCAGCUUCCCUCCAGGGCCGCUAGAGCCCUACGAACAAAUCACUGACUCGGGUAUUGAGGUAGACAGCCGGAGCAGUGGUGACCCCCAGCUGGAGACUACCAGCACCAUCUCCACUGUGUCCAGCAUCUCCACCUUGUCUUCUGAAGGUGGCGAGACCCUGGACACUUGCACCGUCUAUGCAGAUGGACAAGCCUUUCUGGUGGACAGGUCUCAAAUCCUGUCCAAGCCAAAACCCAAACCUGCCAUCAAGAGCAAUGCACUUUACAAGGACCCUUUGCCUGAGGAGAAUGUGAGCUCUUUCAGAUUCCCCUCAACGGUCCCACCUCCGCCCCCUGCAAAUAUUCCACCAGAGCCCUUGAAAACCCCAACGCAAAGGACCUCAAAGCUUUGGGGCGACCCUCCGGAGAUGAAAGGCCCAGAAGCCAAGCCCCAUGGAAUGGGCGAGCUGAAUUCAGUUCUGCAGCAUGUGAACAAGGACAAAGCACCAAAGCCAGGGGAAGCAUUAGACUCUCCAACGGGAUCCAGGACUCACUUUGGAAUGAGAAAUCAGGAUGGUGUAUCCCUCAUCUCAGGUACACAGCAGAACACCACCGUUACCUUCACUACCCAGCCUGGCCCCAAUGUGCCUGCCCCAUCACCCUGCCGUCAGGCCGAAAGCCUGCCCCCUCACCACCAUGCCCCAAGCCCUAUCAUGUCCCCUCCGGACUCUGGCCUCAGUUGUGCCUCUUCCCUCCCAACCUCGGUCACUUCCCCCACUAUGACGGACGUCUUUGGUCUGCCCACUCCGCCCCUCAGUCUGGGCACAGGGCGUAGCCGCUCCCCUUCCCCCCUCACCCUCAUCCAGGCUGUAUCAAACAAGCCGUUCGCCACCAAACCUGUUCUCAUGUGGAGCAAGCAGGAUGUGGCCGAUUGGCUCGAGAGCCUGAAUCUAGGUGAGCACAGGGAUGCCUUUAUGGACAACGACAUCGAGGGCAGCCACCUACCUAACCUGCAAAAGGAGGAUCUUAUCGACUUGGGUGUGACCCGUGUGGGUCACCGAAUGAACAUCGAGCGGGCGCUAAAAGUACUCUUGGACAGAUGAGACUGGGCGAGACGUCCUCUCUGGGACUCGACGCAUCUUGUUCAUAAGCUUUGUUUCCCUUUCCCUUAUUUUGGUUUAAAAAUGUGUUGUCCUAUCAUGCUUUCGGUGGAUUUUAGGGACUCUCACAUCCUGAAGAAACUACAGUUUUGACAAAGUGUUUGAAAUAUCCACGUAAGCACAAGCGGUUCCCUGCGAUUCUGUUCCAAGACCUCCGGAACCAGAGAAGACAUUGAAGCCAACACACUGUUUGGAGUCCACAAACCUGAGCUUACCAUUCUUUGGCUUUUAAGGACUUUGGCCUCCUUUGAAUGCACUGAAACCAGCAGAGCUGGGGAUCCAUUUUCUAUCUUUGCUAAGACAAUUCUACAGAGAAUAUUUCUUCAGGAAAAAAGGGAACCUUUGUCUAUGUAUCAGCUGCCUAUAAAAUAUCUUGCUUUUUUUUUUCUCCUACUAAACCUUUGACCAAGAGGUACACGAAUCUCUAAGAUGUGAUUGGUGGACAUAAAUUCAUGUCCCUCAGUUCAUUCACUGACAGUCCUAGAACGGGCAUGGUCACUUGAAACAGAGGUAAAUUCUCCCUACAUGUGAACAAACGUAACAGUAGCAAGCAGCAGGUCUCUCCACCAUCUUUAAUUUUUGAAUACGCUAACACUGGGUGUUUGUCUGAAUGAUCAAAAUUCUCUUGGGUCUUUUUGAAUUGUGAUUUACUAUUAGGUGUCUUCCAUAUGGUAAGGAGGUCUACGGCAUUCCCACCAAUAUUUUAUUUGUACCUUCGAUCAACACUAGGUUGCGCUGUUGCUUAGUGUUGCCAACUCAAUUAUUUUCCAGCUGUUUUCACUGGAACUAAAAUAAUAGGUCUUUGCAGGAACACAUAAGGUUGAACUGUUGUGUAUACUGAAAUAUCGAGAUUUGGAGUUUCAUGGGUGAACAUAAAUGACGUGAUUUAAGAUGGUUAUUUGACAGCUUUGAGUUGAAUGCUGACACAAUCACUCUAUAAAAGGGCCAGUAUGUAUGUUUUUUACUUUAAAUAUGUGACAGAUUCUUAAUAUUUUAACCAUUGUUUUUUUUUUUUUUUUUU